ACAAACCAUGGCCAGAGGUUGGGAGUCACAGCCAGGAGGGUUAGUGACGUGGUUUACAGUAUUUGGAUCGGGAAAUAAGAAGAGGCAGAGAAUCUGGCAUGUAAUUAAAGAUCUUCUUAGACCCGACCCAGCUUCAUGUGCAUGGACGAUUUUAUGCUGCUGCCCAUAGAGAUAAGGGGAAUGUGAUCUGUGACUGCUGCAUUUUGAUCGUGUUUUUUCACCUGGCAUCUCAGCCUCACUGAAUGGAUCGACAAGGUUGUUACACGUCUGAAUGAAAGAAACACCGAUUGGCUUACAGGAGACCUCAAGGAAACUUUUUUUAUACAUUUAUGGACGUCUUGUAAAUGACAUUUCAGUUUUCACUGUGAGUCCUCUGCUGGAAGUCCUCAUUUGAAGCCUUCAUCCGGAUUUGGGUUUAUCAUAUAAUUGAACUGUAUGUGUAGAGGUUGUUACCUGGAAGCUAAAACAUGGCACUUUUUGUGAAGGGUCUGUGUAACGGAGUAACCGACAAAGGGAUGGCUCAGUUCCAGGAAAUGAUGCGGCAGCAGCUGGAGAGCUCUAUGCAUGCGGAGCUGGAGAAACUGCUGGACACCACCACAGGCGCAGAAAGAGAGGUGUCCAGGAAAGAUUUUGAGGGCUUCAAGAAUCUUUUCCACAGAUUUCUGCAGGUGAAAGGGCCAUCAGUAGAGUGGACCAAGAUACAGAGACCUCCAGAGGACUCAAUUCAGCCCUACGACAAGAUCGCAGCUCGAGGCCUGCCAGACAACGUUGCUGACAGCUUGAACAAACUGGUGGUGGUGAAGCUAAAUGGAGGCCUGGGAACCAGCAUGGGCUGUAAGGGUCCCAAAAGCCUGAUCAGCGUCCGCAACGAGAACACCUUCCUGGACCUCACUGUGCAGCAGAUAGAGCACCUGAACAAGACCUACAACACAGACGUGCCCCUGGUUCUCAUGAACUCCUACACAGAUGAGGACACAAAGAAGAUCCUGCAGAAGUACACACACCACCGCGUCAAGAUACACACCUUUAACCAAAGUACCCGCGUCAACAAAGAGUCCCUCCUCCCCGUGUCCACAAGCUUGAGCAUGACUGGGCAGAGCGCAGAAGGCUUACCUCCAGGGCACGGAGACAUUUCGCCAGCUUCUACAACCCGCCUGUUGGUGGACCAGCUGAUUGCGCAGGGCAAAGAGUACAUCUUUGUGUCCAACAUAGACAACCUGGGAGCCACCGUGGACCUCCACAUCCUGCACCACCUGGUCAGCCAGCCCAACGGCAAACGCUGAGUUCAUCAUGGAAUGACAGAUAAGACACGGGCAGAUGUCAAGGGUGGCACACUGAUCCAGUAUGAUGGGAAACUGCUGCUGGAGAUUGCGCAGGUCCCCAAGGCCCAUGUAGACGAAUAAUCAGUCUCCAAGUUCAAGAUCUUCAACACCAACAACCUGUGGCUCUCAUUGGCUGCAAUCAAGAGGCUGCAGGAGCAGAAGGCAAUGGACCUGGAGAUUAUAGUCAACCCCAAGACAAUCGAUGGCGGUCAGAAUGUCAUCCAGCUAGAGACGGCCGUCGGCGCUGCCAUCAAAUGCUUCGACAAUGCCCUGGGCAUCAAUGUACCUCGCAGCCGCUUCCUGCCUGUCAAGACCACAUCAGACCUGCUGCUGGUCAUGUCCAACCUGUACAGCCUGGACGCGUCGCUCACCAUGAGCCCCAAGAGAGAGUUUCCGACAACGCCACACGUCAAACUGGGCAGCUCCUUCAAUCAGGUUCAGGAGUAUCUGACUCGCUUCGAGAGCAUCCCCGACAUGCUGGAGCUAGACCACCUGACUGUGUCUGGAGACGUCACCUUAGGGAAAAACGUUUCUCUCAAGGGCACCGUCAUCAUCAUCGCCAACCACGGAGAUCGGAUUGAUAUUCCAGCUGGCUCCAUGCUGGAAAACAAAAUUGUAUCUGGCAACCUCCGCAUCAUGGACCACUAACGCAUUGAUAUAACACAAACAAAACACACACACACAUCCUCAUCAUGUCGCCCAUUUGGCUUUAUCCCAGUCAUGUGACCUGUUUGUCAUGUUUCUCUGACACCAACAGAUUGUGAAAGGAAUUGUUUAUUUCCCUCAAGGCGGUGUGGAGUGUGUGAUUUCAUGUGCAGUUCCACUGUGCCGAGGAUACUUGGGACUGUUUAAACUGGGAUAUACUGCCCUCUACAGGCUAGUAGGAUAGUUAUAUGAUUAAACAUGUAUGAGUAUUAAUAACGAGCCAUACUUAGCUAUCACUUGAAAUAUUGAGCUGUAUCCAUGAUUAGAUUCUAGUUUUUAUUCUUCUUUUCGUUACUGCAGUGAUUUUGUUUCUGCAACCAGUAAAGACAACCCUGAAUACACGCGACGUAGACGGGGGCACAAUCAUUACACUGAUCAGAUUUACUGGGAGACUAAUGGGGCUACAUAUCUCAGAACAUCCUGGAUGAUUUUAAUCAUCUUCUUCGUCCUUACAGCACUGUUAGUACAAUCACAUAGCGUACUUAUAUAGAAAUAUUAAGUUAUGAUUUUUUUUUUGUAAUGGAAGAGUUUGGACCAUUUAAUUCAAGCACAUAAACCACACGUGGUUCCACGAUUCAGCUUUUACAAAUUAUGAUUAACAGAAUGAAAUGACCUAAAUAAUGUGCUACUAUAUUUCAUGUGAUAUUUAAUUCAUCAUUAGGGCUGGAGUGUUCAAGAAAGAAAAUACAAAAGAUUCAACCCUUCACCAAACCGUCCUGAAAAAGUGCUUGAAGGACAGAACAUCUUUUAUCUAUGUUACACAUUAUUCAUUGUUGAUAGCUUGUGAAUGAUGAUUGAUGAGUAAUUGACUUCAACUUUUUUUUUCCUGGGUUUCAAAUCUGUGCAGAAAAACUGAGUUCAAGUUUCCCCUCAGAAAGUAGAAAUAGAGCAGGAAGUUCUCACUGAGUUGGCCGUGGAUAAAAAAACAGGUGUACCAUUAAAAGAAAAAAGCAACAAAGGGCUUCAAGCUGCGAAAGAAUCCACUGUAACUUCUGAAAACUACUCUGCUGAGAGCGGUGAGAAUGAAUGAAAGCAUUCAAGAUUCAGGCUGGAAAACCAAAACCAGGAGCCUAAAGACUCUAAAAGCUCAGAGGAGCUGAGGGGAAGUGCACAGUCUGUUAACAAUUAGAUAUCCUGCUGUAAAUGUGAGUGACGCCUCCUCGUACAAAGUGUCAUUGGAUCUAUUUUAAAUCUAAGAAUAUUAAAAAGUAAAAGCUUUAAGUCACAACAUUAAUAGUGUAUAAUAACUUUGUGGAAUCAUAUAGAAACUAAGUUUGAGUAGAAGUAUGUGAAGUAUGUGCUGGUAAUCAAAUGGUGAAAUUCUUCCAAAGCGACUAUGACAUCCACAUAAAACAUGAUACACCAUGUUUCUGCUGGGGGUGUUUAUGACUCCAGUGUCCCUUGAGUUUGUGCCAUAGAGGAGAAACUAACAUUUUACCCAUGUGAUGCCUGAACCACCUCUGUCUCUGCCUUUUGACCUCAAUCCCAUUGUGAAAUUCCUGAACGAAGUCUGUAAUCAUCCAUACCCAGGCUUGAUCAAAAUGCCAUGAAAUCUCAUUUAAUAGCUGAAAACUGUGUUAUUUUAGAGUAACAGCCUUUACUAGUGAUGCAGGUGAUGAAAAAUAUCAACUAUGUUGUGCAUUAUCUUUGUUUUGAUCCAGUUUGUUUGCUCACAUUGUGACCUUAAUGUUGUAUGAAACCUCAUGCCUCCACGACCUUUACAAAUGUCCUCUCUGUCCAUCCUGUCACUCAGAAUUAACUCUUCACACAAACCAACAGAAUUGUUUUACACCUUCAGUCACACACGUUAACAGAUUCAGACAAUAAACAUUGUUGGAACAUGUACACAAAGUUAAAGUGUGAGAAUACUUGAGACGGGUCUAACGUGCAGACCGGACAACUGAAAGCAAUAAAUGUUAAUCUGUUACAGCGAUGAGGUCUCAGCCCAGCCCAGUUCUGUCACCUCAGAGCUGAAUAAAGUGCAAUAUGAAAUAAA